CGUUAAUAUCACUUAUCAAUGGCCCAUUAGUGUGUAGGCAAGCAUGCAGUCAGAAGAAGCAUUGCCUCCGUCGGCAUACCGCGACAAGCUGAAGAGCGGUUCACAACUCAUAUCAACAGACAGCACAGGUCUAAGCGAGAAAGACGGUGCAUUUAUGAAUGCACGAGCUGUCAAAGGUGAAUCCUUCACCGACAACGAGUCGAUAGAAACUGUCAAAGACUCCAGUGCACCAUACACCGUCCCUGGUGUGCUGUCUUUUCUGCAGACAGAAUGGAUCGAUCACGAGCGGCAGAAAGCCUUGUGGGCUGUCGAACGCGCAGGAUAUAAGGUAGGCUUACAGUGGCCCAAGAUAACAGCGGG